AUGCGCAAUUCUCUUAAUUUUUCCUUACUUCGAGGUUCAUAUACUUGGAAAAUUUUUGGCAUUGGUGGUGCCUUUGAUGGUGCCCUUGGUGGUGCUCUUGAUGGUGCUCUUGGUGGUGCCUUUGGUAAUGCUCUUGGUGGUAUGCCUGCUAGUAGUAUUUUUAGUAGUAAUGCUUUUAGUAGUGCUGUUUCUGAUA